GGAGGGCUACUACAGCGCUCCCGGAAGCGACGUCCGCUGCCCGGGUAACGAGCCGCCGCACAGUCCUAGUGCCUGCGGGAUGGAGCUGGAGGAAGCGAAAGAGUUGAAAGAGCGCUGUUCUCAGUGUGAUGCUAUCUCUUGGGGUCUCACUGAGGAAGGCAAAUAUUAUUGCACUUCCUGCCACAAUGUUACAGAAAGAUCUAAGGAAGUUAUCAACACUGACAUUAUUCCUAACACCAAGAUAAAAUACAUCAGCAGAGGCCUCAAAAGAAAAAGCAAAUUCGAAAAAGGCUGGGAUUGGUAUGUGUGCGAAGGAUUUCAGCACAUACUUUGUCAGCAAGCAGAAGCCCUGAAGACGCUCGGAGUCGCCCCGGAAGUGAAGAAUGAAGUUUUACACAAUUUUUGGAAGCGCUACCUGCAGAAAAGUAAGCAGGCGUAUUGUGCAAACCCAGUAUACACCAGCAGAAGGAAGGCCCAGGUGUUGGAAGAUCGUGUCCAUCAUUCAGACUGGACGAAUGGGCCUGAACUGCUCAGCGAUGCCAACUGUACUUCAUGCCUCGAGAGUGGAGCAGAGUCUCAGUCUGACGUCCCAGCGCCAAAACCCUUUCCUGCCCCGAAAGCACCGCAGUCAGAGGCAGCAUCUGUCUGUUCUGGGUCCGUCGAUGGCAUCGAGUACUCAGAGUGGAAGGAGAAAGGUGUCGUGAAGAUGACGGUGCCGGGGACGCUCGCUCUCUGCUACCUGUCCCUGCUGUGGCAGAGAGAAACAGUGACCCUCUCAGAUCUUCUGAGAUUUGUUGAAGAGGAUCACAUUCCUUACAUAAAGGCUUUUCAGAGUUUCCCAGAAGAAAUGAAGUUGUAUGGACGUGACAAAGGAAUCUUUGCUAUAGAGUCUUGGCCUGACUAUGAGGAGAUCUAUAAACACACGAUUGAAAUCGCCACGUUUUUAGAUUUGCCCCGUUUUCCGGACAUCACCGAAGACUGCUUCCUUCACCCCAACGUCCUGUGCGUGAAGUACCUGAUGGAGGCCAACCUCCCUGAUGAAAUGCACGGGCUAACCCACCAAGUGACAAAGAUGACCGGGAUGGGGGACGUGGAUUCCCUGACGUUCGACCCUAUAGCAAAAGCUGCCAGAACUGUGAAAUACGACGUGCAGGCGGCAGCUCUCAUUGUGGUGGUUCUGAAACUGCUCUUCCUAUUGGACGACAAGGCAGAAUGGUCUUUGUCUGAUCUUGCUGAAGUCCAUAACGAAAAGAACAAAACAGAUAAACCAUGGUUCAACUUCAGAACGUGGUACCAGGUCAUGAAGAAAAGUGUGGAUGAAAAGAAACUAAAGUGGGAGGAAGCGAGAGCCAAGUACAUGUGGAAGAGCAAAAAGCCACUCUACUUCUCGCACAUCGACAAGUCAGUGGCAUACAAGAGAAGGGAAAUGGUGGUGAAUCUACAGAAACAGUUCAGUGCGCUGGCCAAUUCAACACCAACUGUUGAGAAGAAAAGCCCUUCGAGUUUCCAGUUCCGCUGGGCCAAAGACGACCCCGCCAGGCCCUGUUUCCACGGCCACAGCCUCCAGGGUGUCCUGCUGAAGAAAGGCCCGGCACUGGUGACCAAGAAUUCCUUGUACUGGCUGAGCACUCAGAAGUUCUGCAGGAGCUACUGCAAACAUGUGACCACCUAUGAAGAAUCCAAUUUCUCUCUGAGUUAUCAGUUCAUACUAAACCUCUUCUCCUUCCUCCUGAGGAUAAAGGCCGCCCUUCUCCAUGAUGAAGUGAGCUUAAUUGAAAAGAAACUUUUUAAAAAGAAAUACAGUGAAGCAAAAAAGAAUUCAAGAUCCAGGAAAGUGAAAAGAUAGAGGGAAAAAAGGAAACAGAAACUUAGUUGGAAACCUAUUUUGUAAGUGACAGUAAUGUCAAAUUGCAACACUCCAAGGAAUUAAGGAAAAUACAAUUUAGUUACACAUACAUGUGUGUAUACUGAACAUUGUUAAAAUGUGUAUUGUAAAACAGGUGAACUUUGCGUUUAUUUUUUAAGUGAUAUAUGUUCUUUGAAAAAGUUAAAACAAU